AUUAGCAAUUAGCUGCUCAUGCAAACAUGUCGCAUGCACUAUUGGACGAGCAAACCUUGGAGACACUGGCCUACGAGCGCUCCAAAAGCUGGGCCAACAUGAUGGAGAGCUACGGGGAAAUCGGCGAUGGCGAAGAAUUGGACUUGAGCGACAUGGAGCAACUGUAUAAAGACGAGGAUAGAGACCCCGAUGUGCAGGAGGAUGAGGAGGCGGCCGAAGAUGAUCUAAUGGAGGAGGACUUGGACAUGGGAAACAUAAAUACAACGACAGCUAUGAGCAAGGCGGAGCUGACGAUCCUUUUGUGCGCGGGAGAGAACAAAGAAAAAACGGCCGAGAUGGAGGAGAUUCUGAACCAAACGAUGCCCAUUGUCCAGGAGCACAAGCGCAAGUGGAAGGCGGCCGGGCUGGACAAAAUACUGGACACCUUCGAUGCGCAAAAGAUCGAACAACACGUGGGCCAAUGGAUGCGCCGAAACAAUAGUCUGUGUCAGGAAAAAAGCUCCCAAAGGUACGACUUAAGGCAUGACCGUUCGAAUUCCGAUUCCAGCGACAGCGAGUCGCUGCACUCCGUCGACACGGCCCGCUAUAUAAUGCAGAGUCGCCAGCGUAGUACACCCAUCUCCAAGAUGACCAACAUGAGCACAAUCAAAAUGUAUCGCACACACUCGUGCAAGCGCGACGAGCUGCGUGCCAAGUACGCCUACGACGAUGAACAGGAGCACCGCCAUCACAUGCAGGCUUUGCUACAUCGGCGUCGUGAGAGGGAGCGGAAGCUGGCCUACCUCACCAGCAGUCCCAGGCACUUCUCCCACAGCAGCAGCAGCCGCAGCCAUAACUCGCGCCACAAGAAUCUACGCAAGCGUCGCGUUGAUUCAUCGUUCUUUUGUUCGCCCUCGAGCGAGGACGAGGAUACCACCUUAAACGGAUGCGAUUGCCGAUCGUGCCUAAGACGUGUGCUGACGAGAAGCGCGUAUGAAUACUGCUCAUAUCGCGGCCAGCGCGAAUAUCAUCACCAAUCAGCAUCAUCACGAUCCAUGCUCCGCAUGCGCCGUCAACAUAGCUUCCAGGAGGACCUGCGUCCGCGCCUCAUGGAAAACGAGUGCAGCUGCUGCAACAGCGACCGACUGUGCUCCAACGUGGUGCACAUUGCCAACAGCUCAACGGAGGAAUGGGUUGUGGAGAACUGCAACAGUCCCGUACUCACAGAGACGCCCACCAAAUGCAGCAAUCGUCUGAACUGCGUGCAGAAACAUUUCACUGUAAGGAAAACACCACAGACCACAGUUCGCUCCAAGUGUCGUGACCGUGGCAAGGGCCAAUCCCCGCAUAUAUUGAUAAAAAAGUCAGCGUCCCAUACUCCAAGGCGUCAGAGGACUCACCACAGACAUUUGAUUGCCAGCGACACUUCCGAUGAAGACGAGCGACUGGAGCGCAGAAAACCAUUGAGUGGCUCGGAGGGAAGGAGCACACAUGCUCUAGCAAUCUCAUCUGCGCAAAAGGCUCCCAAGAAGAAAGCUAUUUCAUCAAUCAAGUCGACGAGUUUGCCUCCAAUCACCGAAAUCGAGGCCAAGACAAAAAAUGUUGAAAACGAAAGACAAGCUAUCAGCGAGCUUCCCCCCAAACUUGAGAUGGUAGUAAACGAUUCUUCGGAUGAAAAAGAAUUCCUAGGUAGAAGCCGUUUUGCGAGUUUUUCGGAGCAAAAAGAGAAAAAGGUGGCCGAAAAUAUAAAAGCAGUAAAAAAAUCGAAACAACCAAUAAUGUCUUCUGCAGAAAAGGCGCCGAAGAAAAAAGCUGUAUUGUCCGUCAAGUCAAAGAUUUUGCCUCCAAUCAGCGAAGACGAAGAUGUAGCAAAGUCUGUGAAAGGACUGACGCCUGACGUUGGCAGGAUCAAGAGCGUUUCUUCGGAAGAUGAAUUAAAAAAGAAGAGGCCAGCCGUCCUCUCAACAAAGGCCACAGAUAUCCCAGAAGAAAUUGUCCCCAAUAAUGAGCCUUGUACAAAUGGUACAGCAAUGACCGGCUCUGAAGGAGCCAAGAAGAUCGGAAAAACGCCCAAGCAAAAGCGAUUGAAACCCAAAUCUGCCGCCAAGAAGAAAGACAAUUCAAAGUCUGCUGUAAGUCUGCCUCGAAUCAGCGAGGAAGUGGUUCAUUCGCCUGAUUCCCAAUUCCCAUCCAAUGAACAACCGCUAAAGAUACCAGUUAUAAAACUGAAGCGAUGUUCCGCGCUAAAGAAUGCCGAAGCAGCCAGUGCCGACCACUCUGAUGAAGAUAUAAAACUGAAGAGAAAUGGCCAAAAUACGACGACAUUAAAUGACACGGAAGAGGAGAUGGAGCACGUCCUGGCCUUGUCCAAGGAAACAUAUAGAAAGGAGCAGUUGAAGCGCCGAGCAGACCAAAAGACCAAGGCGAACCUGCAAUCCACAGAUCAGACAAAAAAGUCUCCAUUGCAGUCACUCUUCCACAAUAACAGCGUGGCCUGUAACUCCACCGCCCUGGCCAAUGAUACGGCCUGUACUCGGGCUCUUUCCAACAAACCGAGAGUUAAAAAGCGCUCUGACGUGAGCAGCUCAGAGCAGAAGGCGAAAGUCGACACAAUUAUUGUACUUAAUUCAUCAACGGAGAACUCCGAAGCGGCGGGAGCAAACGAAGCGGGCGGUGAGGCUGACUGUACUGUGGUGACAUCCACAACCAGCUGUGAGACAAAAGAGGCAAAGCCGCCGCUUAAAAUCACCAAGAGGGGCAUACUGCUGCACAGCAGCUCCUCAUCCGGAACGGGCAAGUUUAAUCUCACCGAGCUGGACCUUGGGCGGAUCAUUGGAGAGCGGCGGGCCAAAAAGUAUCUCAAGUACCACAUUGGCACUCGAAGCUUCGACAGCCGCCACUCGGUUUAUUAUCGCCCUACUCCCAAGCUGGCGGCUGCUCUGAGUGCCAGCCCGGACAUUGCCCAGACUCUGGUGCAUGAUUUAAAUACCUCCACUUCCUCUUGCUCCAGCGAAGACGACAUCUUUGAGCACAUUCAGCGUUAUGGUGAAGUGUACAGUGUUCUGGGGGAUCCCACAGACGAUUGAUGCGCCAGUUAUAAAUAUAAGCUUACAUAUACCGUUACCUUAAUCAUUUGUUUGUAACAAUUGUUCUUUAGUUCGUAUUUGGGGGUGUUUUCAAAACAUCCAUGAAGAAAGUAGGGAAAAAUAUUUUUAGAUUUUGUUUGAUUUAUUUCACGUAAAUUACAUGUCGAUAGGUGAUAAUAAAAAACAUAAUACGUCAUAAUCAUAA